GAGGGUGGAAGCAGGCAGGCGGGCUCCCCUUUCCCCGGCUGGGCCUCUGCCUACCUGGUAGAUAAGGCCUGUGGGUGCGCCCGCCCCCUCCAUGAUCAUAAAAGCACCCUGGGGCCCAGCCUGGGCCAGUGUUGGGGCCACAGCAGCAUCAUGAGGGAUCACCCCACGCACCUGGCAGCUCUGAUCCUCCUAGGAGCCGCCCUGAGUGCGGCGCAGCCUCGUGGGCGGAUCCUGGGCGGCCGCGAGGCCGUGUCCCACGCGCGGCCCUACAUGGCGUCCGUGCAGGUGGACGGCAAGCACGUGUGCGGAGGCUUCCUGGUGGCGGAGCAGUGGGUGCUGAGCGCCGCACACUGCCUGGAGGACGUGGCCGACGGGAAAGUGCAGGUGCUGCUGGGCGCGCACUCCCUGACGCGGCCAGAGCCCUCCAAGCGCCUGUACGACGUGCUCCGCGCGGUGCCCCACCCGGACAGCCGGCCGGAAACCAUUGACCACGACCUCCUCCUACUGCAGCUGUCCGAGAAGGCCGCGCUGGGCCCCGCCGUGCAGCCCCUACCCUGGCAGCGGGUGAACCGCGAUGUGCCAGGCGGCACGCUCUGCGACGUGGCCGGCUGGGGCGUGACCAACCACAGGGGCAGCCGGCCAGACCGUCUGCAGCACCUGUCCCUGCCGGUGAUUGACCGCGCCACCUGCAACCUGCGCCGGUUUCACGACGGCACCGUCAGCGAACGCAUGAUGUGCGCCGAGAGCGACCGCCGCCGGGACAGCUGCAAGGGGGACUCCGGGGGUCCGCUGGUGUGCGGCGGCGUGGCCGAGGGUGUGGUGACGUCGGGCUCUCGCGUUUGCGGCAACAGCAAGAAGCCGGGCAUCUACACGCGCGUGGCGAGCUAUGCGGCCUGGAUCGACCGUGUGAUGGCAGGGGGCACGGCCGCCUGAGGGCCCGAGGGACGGGCAAUAAAGCAUGUGUUCCGCA